ACUUACUUGGACUUCCAUUGACAACGACUCCUGUCACUUUAUGACCAUUGUCCAUUGUUCACUGAUUACUGAACAAUCAAUCACUUACUCCCACAAACCCCGGAUAGCACAGCCUUCGUUCUUCUCACCACUUCAAUAAGAAGUUAUAAAGGGAUCAACGAUCCACCGGUCAUCAUUCGCCUACUUUUCACUUCCCUUCUCAUAGCUUUCAUAGCACUCACACUUCAUCCCACUUGGUGUAUGUUUCGAACCUUCUUCUCUCGAUCAACACCUAGAUCAUUGAACAAUAUGUCACCACGUAAAGCACCCCCUGCUCCUACCCUUCCUACGGCGAUUAGGACUUCUCAAGAAGCCAGACUUGGUGAUGGAAUCGAAUAUGCUACUUUUGCCGCUGGAUGCUUCUGGGGUGUGGAACAUAUGUUCAAUAAACAUUAUUCUCAUUUACCUAAUUGGUCUUGUGUCUCUGGAUAUACCGGUGGACAAAUCGGUAAUCCAAAUUAUCAACAAGUUUGCUCUGGGGCGACUGGUCAUGCCGAAUCAGUCAGGAUAGGUUAUCAAAAAGGUGCCGUGGGAUAUGGAGAAUUGGUAGAAUUCUUUUAUAGAACUCAUGAUCCUACUUCUCUCAACCGACAAGGUCCGGAUAGUGGCACUCAAUACCGCUCCACUAUCUUCUACCACUCUCCUGAGCAGAAACAAAUAGCCGAGCAGGUCACUCUGGAGGUGAAAGAGAAGUAUUAUCCCAGACAGAAUAUCGCAACUCAGAUUGUCCCAGCAGGUGAAUGGUUCGACGCCGAAGCGUAUCAUCAGAAGUAUCUGGACAACAAUCCUGGAGGUUACGAAUGCCCCACGCAUCAGUUUUAUUGGUGAUCAUCUAGCUUGUAGUCGUUUGCAUGCAACCAUGUACG